CGACAAAACAAAGCAAAAACCAAACACUACUAAUAUUCCCUUAAAAGUUGAGUAAUUCAAGUUCACAAAAAAAAAACGCAGUUCCAAAAAUAAUAAGAAAGAUAAUAUAAUAAUCUGCUGGAAAAGGUUUUUGUGAGGGUGAGAUUAAUGCAGCAGACCAUUUGUCUAUCACUAAAACACAUGUCAACGUAAAGUUCUUGAAAUCGGCUUAGUUCCCACUUUCUCUGGUUACGAAAAUGGCUCCGAAAUUGGUGAAAUCGGGGUCGUUCCGUCAUGGUUUGGCGGAGAAGAAGGAGAGGCUUCUCUCGGGGAAGAGUAGUAUUGAUAUCUCUGAGAUAGGGAUUGGCAUGGUGAUGCAAGAGGAAGAGCAAUCGAGGAUGUUGAAGUGGUGGAGCACGGUCAAGCGUGUAGCUGGGAAAGCAUUGGAAAUGGGUCGGUCUGAUCCGAGAAAGAUAAUCUUUUCUGCAAAAACGGGUCUUGCUUUGACCCUUCUUUCACUGUUGAUUUUCCUCAAAGAACCCUUCAAGGACAUGAGUCUUUACUGUGUCUGGGCCAUUCUUACUGUUGUCGUAGUCUUCGAAUUCAGCAUAGGGGCAACUCUGAGCAAGAGCUUAAAUGGUGGAUUGGGGACGUUGUUGGCUGGAGCACUUUCAUUGGGGAUGGCAGAGUUAUCAACAUUGGCUGGAAAAUGGGAGCAGCUUAUAAUUAUUAUAUGCAUCUUCGUUGUAGGAUUUUCUGCCACAUACACAAGACUAUACCCUUCUUUCAAGCCUUAUGAGUACGGGUUCCGCAUGUUCUUGAUCACGUACUGUUUCAUUACUGUAUCCGGGUAUCAAACAGGGGAAUUUGUUGAUACCGCUAUAAAUAGAUUUGUCCUCAUUGCACUCGGUGCUGCUGUCUCUUUGGUUGUAAAUAUCUGUAUAUACCCCAUCUGGGCUGGAGAGGAUCUGCAUAAUCUUGUCAUAAAAAAUUUCAUGGAUCUUGCAACAUCUUUGGAAGGUGUUGUCAGUAACUACCUUCAUUGUGUUGAAUAUAAGAAGGUGCCAUCUAAAAUUCUUACUUACCAAGCUGCCGAGGAUCCAAUUUACAAUGGAUACAGAUCGGUUGUUGAAUCGACAAGUAAAGAAGAUGCAUUGAUGGGUUUUGCUGUGUGGGAACCACCACAUGGUCAUUACAAAAUGCAUAAAUAUCCAUGGAAGAAUUAUGUGAAAUUAAGCGGGUCUCUAAGGCAUUGCGCAUUUAUGGUCAUGGCUAUGCAUGGAUGCAUACUUUCUGAAAUACAGGCCCCAGCUGAGAAGAGACAGGUUUUCCGUGGCGAGCUUCAAAGGGUAGGUUGUGAAGGGGCGAAAGUGUUACGUGAACUUGGAAACAAGGUUCAAAAGAUGGAGAAACUAGACCGGGAAGAUUUGCUGGAUGAAGUGCACGACGCAGCAGAGGAACUGCAAAAGAAGAUUGAUAAAAAAUCAUACCUUCUUGUGAAUUCAGAGAGCUGGGAAAUUGGAAACCGACCAAUCGAGGACAUAGGCGAAGAAGGAAAAAUUCUUGAACACAGCUCUCGUAGUGAAGCAGUACUUGACCUGAGAACAGUUGAAAUUGCACAUUCGUGGGAUGGAAAUUUAACUCUGGGCAAGAACCAUGUUGUGCCUGCAACGAAUACCUCUGAAAACAUGUCCAGGAAACAGACAUCUUUGCCUGCUCAUACUUAUCAUCAAAAAUCAAAUGCCGAGAUCAAAGAGGGUCAGCAGCUAAAAACUUUCGAAAGUGCUAGUGCCCUGUCUCUGACAACAUUUUCAUCGCUUCUGAUUGAAUUUGUGGCAAGGCUUCAAAACUUGGUGGAUUCAUUUGAAGAACUAGGUGAAACAGCAAACUUUUCUGACCCUCUUGAGCAACGAGAGCCAUUAAAAUCUCAUGGCUUUUGGACCAGGUUGUUUAACUGCUCGAAAUUUAAGGACUGAAAUACGAUCUUCCUUAUGACAAUUUGAAAUCGAAGGACCUUACAAGGUUGCUAACCUCAUUCUGAUUCUGAUUCUAAAUUACUUUCAAAGGUUGCUAAACGAGGAUGGUGUGUGUGUGUGUGAAGAACUUAAUUAUUAGAGAAUUUACUAAUGUGAUGUAACGCAUCUAGUUGUAAACUUUUUCUUGAUUUGAAGAAGGUGGAUACUUAGUUUUAUAUAUGAUUUUCAUCA